AUGCUUGACCUGCUUAGCAUUGCAGCGGACCACUGCUUGAAAUCCGAGGAUUCCUUCUUCCUAGCAGAUUUCGGCCGGGUUGUCAAACAGUUCGAAUUAUGGAAUACACACUUGCCGGCCGUUCGUCCUUUCUAUGCCGUGAAAUGCAAUCCUGAUCCAAACCUACUCGGACUACUGGCGCAGCUUGGCUCCGGAUUUGACUGCGCCUCGAUCGCUGAAAUGCAUCUUGCGCUUGCUACCGGUGUACGAUCAAAGGACAUAAUAUUCGCAAACCCAUGCAAAGCACCCUCUGCUUUGGCUUUUGCCGCCCGAGAAGGCCUCACCACGACAACCUUUGACAACCACAGUGAGCUCGAAAAGAUCAAGAUCUUGAUGCCGAAUGCGAGACUUUUGCUCCGGAUAUAUGCAAACGAUCCAACAGCGCUGGUACCGCUUGGAGACAAGUUUGGUGCUACACGCUGUUCCGUUGCGUCUCUCCUCCACAAAGCCCAUGCUCUUGGACUAAAUGUUGUUGGAAUCAGCUUCCACGUUGGUUCUGGCGCUUCAGACCUAGACAGCCUUCGUGCAGCUAUUGAGAGUGCCCGGUACGCUUGGGACCUGGCCGAAUCAUUGCAUAUGCCCAUGGAGAUCUUGGACAUUGGCGGUGGCUUUCAAUCCUCCUCGAAAUCCUUCAUAUCAAUGGCGACGGCGGUAAAAGAAGCCAUCGCUCGAGCCCGGUUCCCAGCCCAUACCAAAUUGAUCGCUGAACCGGGUCGAUUCUUCGCAAAAGAUGCUUAUACCCUGUUCACUCAGGUGAUUUCCCUGAGAGAGAACGACACGCAUGAACAACCCUGCCGUACUUCCUGCAGUUGGCAGCACAUGCUUUACCAGAACGAUGGAGUGUACAAGUCGUUCAUGAAUCGCAUCAUCGAAAAGGAGGAGUUCCACCCUAUUCUGGUUCCGGUCUCACGGACCAAUAAUGUCCUGGAGGAGGGAACGCAUACUUACUCGAUCUGGGGACCAACAUGUGACAGUACUGAUCUCAUCUCGCGAAGGGCAGCAUUCCCGUGCCGCGUUCAAGUAGGGGACUGGUUGAUGUACGAGAACAUGGGAGCUUAUACUUUGUCAACUGCAACAAGGUUCAAUGGGUUCUCGGAUGAGCGGCGGAUCCUUUACGUCAACAAUUUGGAGCGGGACGAUGAAAAGCAGACCUGGAAUGGCAAUAGCGAGUUGAGCGGCCAGAGGCUGGGGUCCUCGUUGUAG